AUGUCGGCUCUCGAGGUAGAGCUGUGGGCGUGGUAUGCCCUGGUCAUCGUCGUGGUUGUUGCCCGGCUGGUGUCGAGGACACUGCUAUACGGAUCCAUCACCAAGUUGAAGGUGGACGACUACAUCAUGUUAUUCACUGUGGUCUGCCAUACUGUCCUGACAGUCGGCGUCCGAGUCCUCUCUUACACGCCGACGAACCUCAUCGAGCACCCGGAGGGAAUGACCUUCACACCUGAAGAGUAUGCGACACGAGAAUUCGGAGCGAAGAUGGUCGUAGUUGUGGAACAAUUCCAGAUGGCUCUGAUCUGGUCCGUGAAGGCUUGCUUGCUCAUUAUGUACAGCAAGCUCACAACGAGUCUCAGGCAGAACCUGGUAGUGAAACUGGUUGCGGGAUACGUAGUUAUCAGUUUUGUUGUCAUGGAAAUUCUGUACUUUGCAGUCUGGUGUCGUCCAUUCUGGCAUUACUGGUUGGUGCCUGCGAAUGACAUACAAUGUUCAUGGGAGAGGAAUCAUAUGAUUACCAAUGCCUUCGUCAACAUCACGUCCGACAUCAUGAUCAUCGCGCUUCCUAUGCCGAUCUUCCUGAAAGCCCAAUUGCCACUGAAGAGAAAAGCAGUUCUCGUCGGCGUAUUUGCCCUUGGUGUCUUCACGAUUAUUUCGGCUAUACUCAACAAGGCUUACACUUUUGGAGACCCAUACGGCUCGGAAUGGAUUUACUGGUAUAUCCGUGAAGCAUCUACAGCGAUCAUUGUCGCAAAUCUUCCCUUUACCUGGACGUUGCUACAACGUGCAUUCAACCUCCGAUCCUUCAAUGGCAAGUCCACAGGAAACACGCCGGCAGCGAACUCACGAUUCCGAUCUGCCUACGGCAACCUCACGAGCCGCACGGGAGGAGAGAAGAGAAACAGACCGAUGGGUCUAGGAGAUCUGGACGCAUCUGAAAGCCAGGAGCAGAUCAAUGAUCCAUUUGGCAUACCGUUGAAGAUCUAUCAGCAAAACGAGGUCACAGUAACUUCGGAAGAGGUGGACGCGAAAGAGGGGCGAUCAACACCGCCAGGCAUAAUCCCCAACGGAGUUUCGUUUACGUCGAAUGGCAACGGCCAUCCGCCCACCCGCGCUCGAUCUCAGGAUGAUAACACCUCUGGGGAAGGGGACUUUGGUGUUACUACUACUGUCGGUCGCGGAAUCUAG